AACUAUGAAUGUGACUUUAGUUUUCCUCUUAUUAUUUGUCUGCUUUAUUUCUAUACAUGCCCAGCAACAGUGGAGUCCACAGCAACUGGCAGCCUAUCGGCAGCAAUAUUAUAAUUGGUGGUACAAUCAACAACGUAUGCAACAGCAAAUUCAGUCAGUUCAAGCUAUUCAACAAGCACAGACUCCAAGUCCAUUUUUCGGGAAUUCACAAUCCGAUAGCAAAGGAAAUUAUUGGCAUGGUGAUGAUAAUGCCAAACUUCUAUUGAUAGCAAGAUCCUCUUGGCCAUGAAUGUUGCUUUUCGUGUUGUAAUUUAUUCUUUUAAGUCGAUGAAAUUAGUUUACAAAUAUAUUCAAUGAAAUUAGUUUUACAAU